GGUUCUCACGAUGACGUAGCGAUUCCUAUCACUAGUUAAUUCUGUCUCGGGCUUCCUGUCCUCUCCCAUUAACAAAAAUGUUCUUUAUUGAAUUCAAAAAGUCCUUGCUGGCCGCCGUCUUGUCUAUCUUCCUGAACCCUCUGCUUUGGAAUUUGGCAGCGCGCCAAGAGUAUCACAACAAGACUUUGACCAAGCUCGCAAACGGUGAUUCAAAGAAAGCUUGCUAUGGUUUGGCUAUAGUCAUUUUUGUUGGCGGUAUUAUUCGCGAUUUGAUCUUCCAAAAUGCCAUUAAGCGUCAACCAACGAUGUCGCUUCUCUUGGCACCUUUCUUCCAAGGCAUCUCGAAGCUCUUGUUGCUUGCCGGAAGUGUUCUCGUCUUGUCCAGCAUGUACAGACUUGGCAUAGUUAACACUUACCUUGGUGACUACUUUGGUUUCCUUCUUCCCGCCCGUCUCACCGGAUUUCCAUUCAAUGUUUGCGACAACCCUAUGUAUGUCGGCUCUACCCUGUGCUUUUUGGCCACGGCCCUUCGUUACGGAAAGCCUGUUGGUUUCUUGUUGACUGCCGAGGUUUACUAUGUGUAUAAGCUCGCUUUGAAAUACGAAGAACCUUUUACUGCCAAGAUUUAUGCCAACAAAGAUGCCAAGAAAAACUAAGCGGUUUUCCUCGCUGACCAAUCAAUUAUAUGAGUGAGUAUAUGAUAGACCAUACGACGUUUUUAUAGACUUCGUCGGACCAGACGUGUUGUGUAACCUUGUUCAUGAAAUUUCACGAGUUCCUUUCCACCGAUUUCUCUUCCCCUUUGCUCUCUACAAUGAAUAUAGCAAAAACAGAUUUAUCAGCUUCUUAACUAUGUUGUGACAAUCAGAAUUUUAAACAGAUUUAAAACAUGUCAAUGUUCGGGAAA